CUGGUGAGCGUCUCCCGCUGAACCUCCGCUCGCGUAGCCUUGUUCCCAGCGGAGAGAGACAAUGGACUUGGAGAGCAAAGUGAAAAAGAUGGGCUUGGGUCAUGAACAAGGAUUUGGUGCCCCAUGCUUAAAAUGCAAGGAUAAAUGUGAAGGAUUUGAACUACACUUCUGGAGAAAAAUAUGUCGAAACUGCAAAUGUGGCCAGGAAGAACAUGAUGUCCUCACAAGCAACGAGGAAGAUCGGAAGGUGGGGAAGCUCUUUGAAGAUACAAAAUACACAACCCUUAUUGCAAAGCUGAAAACUGAUGGAAUUCCCAUGUAUAAACGCAACGUAAUGAUACUGACUAAUCCGGUGUCUGCCAAGAAGAAUAUAUCCAUCAAUACUGUGACAUAUGAAUGGGCUCCUCCUGUUCAGAAUCAGACACUGGCUAGACAGUAUAUGCAGAUGCUUCCAAAGGAGAAACAGCCUGUGGCUGGCUCAGAAGGUGCUCAGUACAGGAAGAAACAGUUGGCUAAGCAGCUGCCUGCUCAUGAUCAGGAUCCUUCAAAAUGCCAUGAGUUAUCUCCUAAUGAGGUGAAGCAGAUGGAACAGUUUGUGAAGAAAUACAAGAAUGAGGCACUUGGUGUGGGAGAUGUCAAGUUCCCUAGUGAGGUGGAAGCUAAAGCCACUGACAAGAAUAAUGCAAAUAAUGGUGACAGAAGCACCUCAGCAGCUGUAGGAGCAAUGGAGGACAAGUCAUCAGGUCAAAAAGGAUCCCAGUAUUCCUGCUACCGCUGCAAAUUAAACAUGAAAGAAGGUGAUCCAGCCGUUUAUGCUGAGCGUGCUGGAUACGACAAACUGUGGCACCCCGCUUGCUUUGUCUGCUGCACCUGUAGUGAACUUCUGGUGGACAUGAUCUACUUCUGGAAGAAUGGAAACCUAUAUUGUGGAAGACACUACUGUGACAGUGAGAAACCCCGAUGUGCUGGAUGUGAUGAGCUGAUAUUCAGCAAUGAAUAUACCCAGGCAGAGGGUCAAAACUGGCACCUGAAACACUUUUGCUGCUUUGAUUGUGACUGCAUCUUGGCUGGGGAAAUCUAUGUCAUGGUAAAUGACAAGCCUGUCUGCAAACCAUGCUACGUGAAGGACCAUGCUGUGAUCUGUCAAGGCUGCCAUAAUGCUAUUGAUCCAGAAGUUCAGCGUGUAACCUACAACAACUUCAACUGGCAUGCCACAACAGAGUGCUUCCUGUGUUCCUGUUGUAGCAAGAGUCUAAUUGGCCAGAAAUUCAUGCCAAUAGAAGGAAUGGUCUUCUGCUCAGUAGAAUGUAAGAAAAAAAUGAUGUCUUAA